AUGGUCAAGGUCACAAUGUCUAUAAAGAUGAUUCUGGCCACGUGCUUCUUCGCUGCAACAGCUUUAGCUGAAAAUGUCAACUUUCUCAACCUCUGCGAUUACGAGAUUCAAUUGUUUCACAGUCAAUCGGCCGCGGCCGUGUCUUUAGAAGCCAACAUUCCUACUGGCGGCAAACAUUCCUCGACCGUCACGGGUUCCGCGCACAUGUUUCGCCAUACGUCGAACCCGUCCUCAACUUUGUUUGAAAUCUCAAUUGCCGACUCGAUUUUCUACGACAUUAGCAUCAUUGUGACAAAUCCGGGCUAUUGUGAUGACUACGACGUAUGCAAGGGAAAAAAUGGGACCAAGCCUGGUUUUAACGUCCCCAUGUCAGUCGUACCGACGAGUAAUGGAAACAAGGACACGUGCUCGUCACUCUUUUGUGCUGGAGAUGACAAGACUUUGUGUGCUGAUGCGUACUUGUUUCCGAUGGACAACACCAAGACACACAGUUGUCCAUGUGGUACUUCAUUUGACGUGACCUUUUGCCAUGUCAAUGGCGACAACAACAAUGGGGGCCAUGGCAACCACGAACAGCAGGAGCAGAAGGAGCUGCCUACGAUACCGUCGGGUGCAAACCCAGACCAGCAGCCAAGUAAGUUGGUGGAAAAUCCAAUCCAGCAGGAGGGAGGAGAUACGACGCUGCCAAUGGACAAUGUGGAUAACGUUUCGAAAAAGAAUCCACUCCAGAGCACAAAUGGGGAUGUUAGUCCAAUUGUUCAGGAUGAUGUUUCGAUUGUGGCGGGACCUAUUGAUGUCAGGGCAAAGUACACGUACUCUGGUGAGUGUGCCGGAAACGUUCCGGGUACGUACGAUGCUGUGGUUGAUCUACCUACAUGCACCAAGAAAUCAGUAGAGGUGAAUUCGCGUGUUGGGCCUUUGGGAAGCAGCAGUGUGUCCUUGGUUUUACGUGGACCAAUGUCUGUCCUGAACAUUGCUGUGUUUACUAGCAAUGGUGCCUAUGAUCCGUUAAAACGAGUAUCUUCCUACUCGAGUGCCGAACAAACGACCGACAAUUUGGUAUUUAUGAGCAAUGUGGGCGUCGACUAUAGUGGCAAGGGCCAAUACGGGCCGCAGUCGUAUGUUUCACCCGAUGGCAAGAAGGCUACCACUAUGGCAACGGUGUUUAAUGGAAUACUUGACGAUGCUUCGGACCCGUCCACGGUUGGUGGUGGACCUAGUAUCACAACGGCUACGGAGAUUAAUAUCCUGGCUGGAGAGAAGUGCACUAAAGAGACCUGCGAAGGUUACUUUGGUGAUAACGACCACGCGGGUUGGAAAGGCAGUCUAAUGGUUUUUGUGACGGAAGUCAUAAUGUUCAAAGGACCAACUGUUGACAGACCUGCUCUUUGGAUGCUCCCCGCUUCAGUUAUGCACUCGGGUCAGUAUGGUUGUAACUGCCGUGGCAUGGGCCCCAAGGGUGGCUGUGGUGAGCUUGACAUUGCUGAGGUAAUUGAAACCAACCUUCAGGGUGACAAGUUGUCGACGCACCAUUACUUCUUCAAUGGUAAGGUUCUCUGCCCUGGCGGCGACAACUUUUUUGAUCGCAAAUACAACGAAUCGACCACAUUCAUUACGAUUAUCGACGACGCGAACGCCAUGAUCAAGAUCGUUGAAGUCGCUACGUUUGAUUUCCAUCUUUUGGAAUUGGGCUCGCUGUACGAUCAAUUGUUGACAUGCUAA